AUGGGCCGUCCCAAGCGCAAUGUCCUCGCCGCGGCCGAGGAUACCCUCCUGCCACCCACAGCGCUGUCUCCAAACCAGUCCGUCGUCCGUGUGAUCAAGCCGGAGGGCAACAACCUCUACACAUGCGAGUUCCCCGACACAAAGACCCGUCUCCUCGAGCUUGCGCAGCGCUUCCGCAACACCAUCUGGAUUCGUAGAGGCGGCUUUGUGCUGGCAGAGCUGUAUGACGGACAGAGCGAGGAGGUCAGGGCUGAGGGGGAGAUUGUCAACGUGGUUCGCAACGAGAAGCAAUGGCGCAAGCAGCCGUACUGGUACGUGGACCUCUUUCUCCUGUCAUCUGCGCAAGCAACCGGGAAUACCAUUCUUACAUAUGCGUCUAGGCCUAAAGAAUUCCCUGAAGCAAGCGAUAGCGACUCAGAAGAAGAGUCGACCGUCGGAAAGAUGCCCCCCUCCGACUCCGAAUCGGACUGA